UCUACCCAUAUCAUUUUAUAAUCAUGUAUUUUAUUUAUUAUGCAGCAUAUUGAUGUGAUGAUGUAUUACUUGAGGAGAAAGGUUAAAUUGUCUACAGAUUUGAAGAGAAGAGUAUCUACGACUGACACUUGUUUUGGGCAAAACAUAGUGUUUAUGUAUGAAGAUUUUAAGAAAAAAGGUAGUGGCGCAUUUAAAAUAGAUGAGAGAUGCGUUGCUUUGAAGAUAAUGAAGGGGGAAUCCAUGUUUUGUGCAACUCAUUGGAAUUUGCUUGAUGAUGUUGUCAUGCCUGUUAAUGUGAAUGGUCUUAUGCACUGGAUUUUGUUGCACUUUAAUGUACAGCAGAGAUCUCUUACGGUGUAUGAUUCAAUGUCUGGUGCAAAGCAUGAAAAUCAGACUUUACCUGUCGUUGAGGCAUUUGCUGUUUUGAUUCCUCUUCUUCUGGAGAUGAUUGAUUUCUAUGUUCGUAAAGAUAUUCAUCUUGAUGUUAGCCCGUAUGAUGUGGUAGAGAAUGAGGCUUUGAAGUUGAGCAUUGCUAAAGGCAUUCCUCAACAGACUGAUUGUGAUUGUGGUGUGUUCUGUACUUAUUUUGCUGAGCAAAUAAUUCUUGGGAAGGAGAAUGAGAUGCCUAAAAAUAUUGAUGUUCGCCUCCUUCGUAAAGACAUUGCUGUCAGCUUGUACUAUCAUGGAAAGAACAAAGAACUUGAGGGAUACUUAACUAGCGAUGAGUUCACUGAGAAGCUUCUGGAGAGGAGACAGAAAAGAAUGAAAAUUGCUGCAUAGGCUUUUAGUGAUAUUAUAUUUCUUUUGGUUUUUUAAUCUUUUCUACAACUGUAAUUAAAUGGUGAAUCAAUUUCUAGUUUAACAGUUAGCUUUUUUAAUUUUCUUCUUAUGUAAAACAUUGGGAUUCUUAAGGUCAUUUUAUAUAUACAUAUUAGUAUAUCGUUUUGUUAAUUCUUUUGCUGUUAGCUUUUUGGAAGAAUAAUUUAGAGGGUAACCAGGUACCCAGGUUGUUUAUUUUCUAACAUACCAAGGGUAACUGGUUACUUAAUUGUUUUCCUUUUAAUUUUUUCCCCAUUGGUUUGUUGUUUGUUAAUUACAUUUAUUAAUAUAUAUUUUAGAUAACCCUUUAAAUCAGGUAGCUAGUUUUCUGUUUGUUUUUGUAUU